AUGUCAUAUCAAUUCCAUUCUACUAAAAGCCAUCAAACAGAAAGUAGUAUUGAAGCUGACUUUCAUUAUGAAACUACACAUGUAGAAGUAAGUAAAGAAGGAGUUAUUUGUACUCCAAUUGCUAAAGACUACAAAUUUAAAGUAGAUAAAAAGAUUCCAAAGAUGGGUCUUAUGAUGAUUGGAUGGGGAGGAAAUAAUGGAACUACUGUUACUGCAGGAAUUCUUGCGAAUAAACACCAUCUUUGUUGGACUGAUAGAAGAGGAGUUCAUGAACCAAAUUAUUAUGGAUCAUAUACUCAAUCAGCUACAAUGAGACUUGGAGCUACAUCUGAAGGAGAAGAAAUUUAUGCACCAUAUAAAGAUAUUUUACCAUUUGUUUGUCCAGAUAAUAUUGUUGUAGGAGGAUGGGAUAUUUCAAAAGUAAAUAUGGCAGAUGCACUUAAAAGAGCACAAGUAGUUGAUUAUGAUCUUCAAAGACAAUUAUAUCCAUAUAUGAAAGAAUUAGUUCCAUUACCAUCAAUUUAUUAUAAAUCAUACAUAGCAGCAAAUCAAGAUGAUAGAGCUGAUAAUGUUAUUCCAGGAACUAAACAAAAUCAUCUUGAUACAGUAAGACAAAAUAUUAGAGAUUUUAAAGCACAACAUGGACUUGAUAAAAUAGUUGUUUUAUGGACUGCUACAACAGAAAGAUAUAUUUUCUUGUAUCAUCAGGACUUAAAUUACCAAUCAAUUGUAUCAUAUAAUCAUCUUGGGAAUAAUGAUGGAAAGAAUUUAAGUUCACCAUCACAAUUUAGAUCUAAAGAAAUAUCAAAAUCAAAUGUUGUUUCUGAUGUUGUUAAAUCUAAUAAUAUUAUGUAUAAGGAAGGAGAACAUCCAGAUCAUGUCAUUGUUAUUAAAUAUGUUCCAUAUGUAGGAGAUUCUAAAAGAGCUAUGGAUGAAUAUACUUCAGAGAUUUUCUUAGGAGGACAUAAUACAAUUGCUCUUCAUAACACUUGUGAAGAUUCUCUUCUUGCUGCUCCAUUAAUGAUUGAUCUUGCUGUUUUAAUGGAAUUUAUGACUAGAGUCACUUACUCUAUUGAUGGUAAAGAAUUUAAAAACUUUAAUUCUGUAAUGUCUAUGAUUUCUUAUCUUCUUAAAGCACCCGUUGUACCAAAAGGUUCUCCAGUUAUUAAUGCUUUAUUUAAACAAAGAGAAUGUCUUGAUAAUUUCUUUAGAGCACUUCUUGGACUUCCAUGUGAUAAUCAUCUUCUUCUUGAAGGAAAGACUGAACAUUUCUUCUAA